UGAUUGGACUCCACCUUCAAAAGCGCAAGCUUUUAUUUUAUUUUUCUUUUCGUUCCCAACCUGCCCCUCCAGCCCUCCAACGAGGACAGGAAAAAAAAAGGACAAGACAGCUGUGCCAAACCGCGCAACAGAGCACCACUCAGACGAGGGCAGCCGUCAAGUGCCAAUAAUAACACUUUCAAUAGAUGGUCAUCGAGAGUUAGACAGAUCUUGAUCUUGUAUUUGUCCGACUCUCGAUAAUUUCGAGGCUGGGCAUCGGCCAAGAUCCAUCAACGUGUCUUCCCUCUUUUCCACCCUUCCAUUCGCUUCUCUAUUCCGCCCUUUUCGACCCCUCGCAGCUAGCUCUGCAUUUCUUCCGCUCUACGUGCCAAGUUGCACUACUGUCUACAUCUCUACUCGUUCAUACGCCAAGCGACGAAAAAUGCCUCCCAAGAAGCAAGCUGUUGAGGAGAAGAUCCUCCUUGGCCGACCAGGAAACAACCUGAAGAGUGGUAUCGUUGGUCUAGCCAACGUCGGCAAGUCGACUCUGUUCCAGGCUAUCACCAAGUGCAGCCUUGGUAACCCUGCCAACUUCCCCUACGCCACCAUUGACCCGGAAGAAUCUCGUGUCAUUGUCCCAGAUGAGCGCUACGACUGGCUGUGCAAUAAGUACAACCCUAAAUCGCGAGUGCCCGCCCACCUGACCAUCUAUGAUAUCGCUGGUCUAACAAGAGGCGCUUCGACCGGUGCUGGUCUUGGCAAUGCCUUCCUGUCUCACAUCCGAGCUGUCGACGCUAUCUUCCAAGUCGUCCGAUGUUUCGAUGAUGCGGAAAUUAUUCAUGUCGAGGGUGAUGUCAACCCUGUCAGAGAUUUAGAUAUCAUCGCGGAGGAACUGCGACUAAAAGAUAUCGAGUUCGUCGAGAAGGCUCUUGAGAACUCCAAAAAGAAGACCCGUCUAGGCGGUCAGAGCUUGGAAUUGAAGAGGGCUAAGGAAGAUGAGGCCACAAUAGAAAAGGUCCUCGCCUGGCUCAAGGACGGCAAAGAUGUCCGAAAAGGCACCUGGACACCAAAAGAGGUCGAGGUCAUUAACACCCUUCUACUUCUCUCGGCGAAGCCCGUAGUAUACUUGGUCAACCUGUCAGAGAAGGACUACACCCGCAAGAAGAACAAGCAUCUUGCUAAGAUUGCCGAGUGGAUGAAGGAGCACGCUGCGGGCGAUCCCAUUUUGCCCAUCUCCGUAUCUUUUGAGGAGCGCCUCACUCACUUCGGCUCCGAUGAGGAAGCUGCCGAAGAGUGCAAGAACCUCGGUAUCGAGUCGGCAUUGCCCAAGAUCAUCACGACAAUGCGAAAGGCAUUGAACCUUGCCAGCUUCUUCACAACAGGUACCGACGAGGUAAGGCAAUGGACUAUCCGAGUCGGCACUAAAGCACCACAAGCUGCUGGUGUCAUUCAUACAGAUUUCGAGAAGACCUUCAUCCAGGCCAUCGUAUACAACUUCAAUGUCCUGAAGGAGUUGGGUGACGAGUCCGAAGUGAAGGCAAAGGGUAAGAUCAUGACUAAGGGCAAGGAAUAUGUAGUAGAGGACGGCGAUAUCUUGCUAAUCAAAGCCGGUGCUGCCAAGGGUUAAAGAACGAAUAUAGAAAUAUCUAGUGAGCUCAGAUUCACGUCGCCUUCGAGCGAACUCAAAAUAAAUAUACCACGAAUGAGUUGACACAACUCAGUCCCUAUUUAUGCAUGAUCUAUCAUCGUAAUGUAGCUAAUGAUAAAGUAGCUGCCAAGUGAGCACAACAUUCUGCAUUUACCCAGUUACAAAGGAGGAUUUAUCAGGC